AGUGUGUCUUUAUUUCGUAAAGAUGUGAAGUUUAGAUACGUAAGCAUUCAAUGAACAAAUAAUUCAUUACAUUCAGGAAAAUAUGCAUAUUGUCUGAUCUUUGUGUCCGAAGAAGUAGCUACAGAAUCCUUCCACAAUCCAAUCCAAUCUUCCAUUUUAAAUGUUAUUUUGGCUGAACAUUGAGGCGAGACCUGGCAACCCUUGACUUUCCUCGAGGUCCUUCCUUGUUUAACUGUAUAAAUGCUUUCGUUUCACCAUGAGCUUUAACUUUCAUUUUCUGUUGCCAGAAAGAGGGUUGAGCACGCGUUGUUCGACUGGUUAUUCGGAUGUUUCCUAUUGAUGUGCUGGUUCGACUACAAUUAUUCUGGAGUCUGCUGCGGAGCCUUAUAAACCAGAUUUGGCGUUUUGUAAGGAGCAGAAGUUUGCCAGUUACUUGCCGGUUUGACAUGGAGUCAGAUGAUAACUGCGAGUGGGACUCCACAUGGGAAGACGAAGACACAACUAAAAUAUCCAAAGAGAGAGAAUGGGAUCCAUCUAACUGGGCAUCGAACAGGAGUCGAAGAAUGUAUGCUGCAAAGGACAUGCAGGCCUAUCGGCAUAGAGUCAGAGAUGUUGAUAAUGUCAAAGAUGAUGAUGAUGAUGAUGAUGAUGAAGAAGAUGAUGAAGAAGACUUGUAUAACCUGAGGUUUUACCAAGGUCAGAGGAGAUCUGUCCCUGAUGAUGUACAUAUUCAUGAUUUUCAUAAGGAAUGGCAUGCUGAUUACAACAGGCUGGAAAGAGUUCACUCCUACAUUCAGUGGUUGUUUCCAUUACAAGAGCCAGGGAUGAAUUGGGACGCACAUGUGCUCACAAAAAAAGAAAUAAAGCUUUUCCGUGAAGAUGAAAAUGCAAAAAAUAAUUUGGUGAAAUCAUACAAGCUCAUGUUGGAUUUCUACGGCAUAGAGUUGGUCAAUGAAAGUACAGGAGAAGUGACACAUGCUCCUAACUGGCAAGAUCGCUUCAGGAACCUGAACAGAAAUACACACAACAACCUUCGUAUCACACGCAUCCUGAAGUCUUUGGGGACUUUGGGAUUCCAGCACUACCAGGCCCCGCUGGUCAAGUUCUUCCUCAAAGUAACUCUUGUGGAUGGACACCUUGAAAGAGUGAAACAAAGUGUACUGGAUUACUUUAUGUUUGCUGUAUUGGACAAGUUAAAGAGGAGGGAUUUAAUUAGAUAUGCCUUUAAACAUUUUGAGUCACAAGACAAGUUUGUGUGGGGUCCCAAGAAGAUUCUGUCAGGUGAUGUCAGUAAACAUGGUGAAAAUGAAACUGACAAGUUUACUACAGAGAACGAAUGUACGCCAUCUGAGGAAAAUUCAAAUCACAAUAGCAUAUUAGAUGCAAAGGAGAUAUCUCAUGGAGAGCAGUUAAGUUCUAAGGAUUCAACCUGUAUAUCUUCCACCAGUAACCCUGCAGAAGAAGCAGAAGAAACUCCAAAAAGUGAACUAGAGAAGUCCAGUGACAGCAAACAUGAAGUAACCCAAAAGGUUCAUCCUAGCGAAGGGAUGGAAAGUGGAGAACAUGCAGCAAAGAAUACUGAUGAAACUAUGUUUGUUUAAUGAGUUCCAGCUUUAGUUUCUCUGCUCUGUAUUAUUUUACAAAAAAGUUAUUUGAAUGCCCUUCUUGGAUUUAAGUUGAAUUUGAAUUUAAGCUGUAUAUCCUAAACUUUAAGUUGAAGAAUAAGAUUUUGAAAGUUUCUUUUUUAAUUAUUAUUAUUCCUUGCUUACAUAGUAACUUGAUUACAUGAAAUAAGAAGCAGUAUUCUAAAAUUUAAUUUGCCUGACUUAAGCAAAUAAAUGUUUCUCCAUUGACAAAAUAGUAUUGGAAAAGUCUGAAGGGUUCACAAAGAAGUUCAGUAGAGUGAUGAAGCAAGGUUGUGAUAUGAAAUCUAACACUAAUAAAUGUUAGAUUUAUGUGUCCUCUUUUGUUGAUCUGUUUAAUUGUUUUGAAAUAACUUAAAAUAUAUUGGAUGCCUUUUAUGCCUCAAGUUGAAAUGUGAGAUUUUGAAAUUACAUGCUUUUUUUUUUUUUUUACAGAUGUAUGAAUGAAGAUUAGUAGGUCUUAUAAAAUGUCAAUGCAAUACUGUACUAGUGGAUGUAACAGAUUAAUCUAUUGAGGAACAAAGUUGCCUUUUUGUGUGCGUGUGGUUUCAGUUGUCGAAGUAAAUAAAUAUUUUCUCUUCUGGCGAAUUGUAUCAUUAUUGAUAAAAAUAA